AUGGAAGAGCUGACGGCGUUUGUCUCCAAAUCGUUUGACCCUAAAGCGAAGGAGAAGAAGGAGCUCAUCACCUACCGCGAGGUGCUGGAGAGCGGGCCCUUGCGCGGAGGAGGACCGAGGGAAAGCGGAGGAACAGCGGCCGAACCGGGCCGGGACGAAGCGGGCAGCCCCCGGUCUCCGCCGCGGGAGCCCGACGCCGCUGAAAGAGCCACCGAGGCGGCCACCCCCAAGCUCAGCGACGUCUCCCCAGAGCUGAAGGAGCGCAAGGAGGAUGCGAAAGCAAUGGAAGACGAAGGGCAGACGAAAAUCAAGCAGAGGAGAAGCCGGACGAAUUUCACCCUGGAGCAGCUGAACGAACUGGAAAGGCUUUUCGACGAGACCCACUACCCGGACGCCUUCAUGCGGGAGGAGCUGAGCCAGCGGCUGGGGCUCUCCGAAGCCAGGGUGCAGGUCUGGUUCCAGAACCGCAGAGCCAAAUGCCGAAAGCAGGAAAACCAACUCCACAAAGGGGUGCUGAUCGGUGCCGCCAGCCAGUUCGAAGCUUGCCGGGUGGCCCCGUACGUGAACGUGGGUGCGCUGAGGAUGCCCUUCCAGCAGGUGCAGGCGCAGCUGCAGCUGGACAGCGCGGUGGCCCACGCGCAUCACCACCUUCACCCUCACCUGGCCCACGCACCCUACAUGAUGUUCCCCGCUCCCCCCUUCGGGCUACCGCUGGCCACCCUGGCCGAGUCCGCCUCCGCCGCCUCCGUGGUGGCCGCCGCAGCCGCCGCCAAGACCACCAGCAAGAACUCCAGCAUCGCCGACCUCCGCCUGAAGGCCAAGAAACACGCAGCUGCCCUGGGGCUGUGA